ACCCCAAAGUAAAAUGUAACUUUAAGAAACCACUCUAGAAUUUCAUUCAAUGAAGACAAUCUUUAGAUCCAUCACUCCUGUGAAGCUUUUGCGUUCCUCGAUCUCUCUCGCUGCCCAAUCGUUGUCUUUAAAUCCAUCAACUUUGAUUGAUGAUUUCACCAAGUUUUGCAAUCAAAGAGACCUUCCCAAAGCCAUUAACGCACUGGGUCGUCUUCAAAAUCAUGGAAUUCGAGCUGAUGCCAUUACUUAUUCUGAACUCAUCAAGUUAUGCGUUUCUAAAGGUGCCAUUAAAGAAGGCAAGACUAUUCACAACCACCUUUACUCAAAUGGGCACGAGCCUGCAGUGUUUUUAAAUAAUGUUCUGCUCAAUAUGUAUGUGAAGUUUAACUCACUAGACGAAGCACGUCUAUUGCUUGAUCAAAUGCGUGAGAGAAAUGUUGUUUCAUGGACUACUAUGAUUUCCGCUUUUUCUAAAGCGAAGCUCAAUGAAGAAGCGUUGGGGUAUCUGGUUUUCAUGUAUAGAGAAGGUGUUAUGCCUAACAUGUAUACUUACUCGUCGGUAUUAAAAGCAUGCGAUGGAUUAGAGACCCUGAGGCAGUUGCAUUGUGGCAUAAUUAAGAGUGGUUUGGAUUCUGAUGUUUUUGUGCGGAGUGCUUUGAUUGAUAUUUACUCAAAAUGGGGUGAAUUGGACAACGGCUUGUUAGUUUUUAAUGAGAUGAUUACAGGGGAUUUGAUUGUUUGGAACUCGAUUAUAGGAGGGCUUGCUCAGAAUGACAAGGGUGAUGAAGCUCUGAAUAUGUUUAAGGGCAUGAAACGAGCUGGCUUUCCGGCUGGGCAAGCUACAUUGACUAGUGUUUUGAGAGCUUGUACUGGUUUAGUAUUAUUAGAACUGGGGAGACAAGUUCAUGCGCAUGUGGUCAAGUCUGAGGAAGAUUUGAUUCUUUAUAACGCGCUUCUGGAUAUGUAUUGCAAGUGUGGGAGUUUGGAAGAUGCAGAUUCUGUUUUCCAGCGGAUGGCAAACAAAGAUGUGAUCUCUUGGAGCACCAUGAUUGCAGGCUUGGCACAGAAUGGGCAAAGCUUAAAAGCUCUGAAACUGUUUGAUUCAAUGAAAGAUUCAGGAAUUGCUCCUAAUCCCAUUACUAUAUUGGGAGUGCUUUUUGCUUGUAGCCACGCAGGUCUGGUUGAAGAUGGAUUGUACUGCUUUAGGUCGAUGAAAAGCCUUUUCGGGAUUGAACCUGGAAGAGAACACUAUGGAUGCAUGGUCGAUCUUCUUGGAAGAGCAGGGAAGCUUGAUGAAGCUGUUCAGUUCAUCCAUGCAAUGGAAAUUGAACCUGAUGCAGUAACUUGGAGGACUCUUCUCGGUGCAUGUAAAGUCCAUAAAAAUGUGGAAAUAGCCAUCUAUGUUGCAAAGGAAGUUCUGAAACUGGAUCCCCAGGAUGAAGGGACUUACAUACUGUUGUCUAAUAUCUAUGCAAACGCAAACAGGUGGGAGGACGCUGGAGAAGUAAGAAGGAACAUGAGAGACCAAGGAGUGAAGAAAGAACCAGGUUGUAGUUGGAUUGAAGACAACAAGCAAGUUCAUCUCUUUGUUGCAGGGGAUAAUUCACAUCCAAAUAUCGAUAAGAUAAAGAGUGAGCUGAACCUGUUGAUCAAGAAAUUAUCAGGAAUGGGUUAUGUCCCAGACACAAAUUUUGUAUUGUAUGAUCUCGAAGGGGAACAAAAGGAAGAUUCGCUCCGUUACCACAGUGAGAAGUUGGCUAUUGUAUUUGGUCUUAUGAACUUGCCAAAAGAAAAGCCUCUUCGGAUCAUGAAGAACCUCAGGUUCUGUGGUGACUGCCAUACAUUCGCGAAACUCGUAUCAAAAGCUGAAAACCGGCAUAUUGUGAUUCGGGAUCCUGUUCGGUUUCACCAUUUUAAGAAUGGGGUGUGCUCCUGUGGAGAUUAUUGGUAGGGAAGAUAGAUUUUCAAGCAAUUAUCGGAAUUC